AUGACCCUUAAAGAGCCUCUUGAAGGCCCCGUGGAAACACGUUCAAAACAUAAAGCAAAGGCCAGUACAAACUGGAAGUCUUUCGGCCUCCAUAACGACCAGCUUUCAAAGCUGGCGAAGAAUAUCGAAGACAUUGGACUCGGUAAUCUCAGUGACGCUUACCUGAGCAUUAUUCCGGCGCUUAGCGUGGAAAGCAAGCUUCCCGAGGUUUCUCUCAUUGUCGACUUGGCGGCAGAGAAUGCCCGAUAUCACGAGAGGCAGCAGCAUUGGCCGCAGGCGGGAGCGGUAUACUUGUGGCUAUUCCGCGUCGCCAUGACAUUCCCCGUUGAAAAUGAACUAUCCACUCUAGCGACAGUCAGAAUUGUGGAUUUCCUGAGGCAGGUAGGCUUGGCCUUGUACUUGAGCCGUGAACAGAUACAGUUCAACGCACGAUAUCAUUAUGCAUUGGAUUUCAUGAGGAUCAUGUAUUCGUUGCAGAGAGAUCUCGAGAACGAGAUUCGUUCCAAAUUCCAUGGACCGCUCGAAGUUGCAUCGACCGUAUUAGCCAUCCUAAAACUGUACGAGGAUCAGAGGCGCCCUUGGCAGUGCAACCUCGUUGAAGACUCUACAUUAGUGAGCGGAAACAACAGCGGGUGCAGCAAAAGUACUUACAGAUAUCAUAAAAAGCUCCGCCAUACAGACCUGCACGAAGCAGUCUGGACUGAAGAUCACAAUCGCUUCAUGAAUGCAAUACGUCGUGGGGAAGACGUUAACGCAAAAGAUAUUCUUGGUUGGACACCGGCGCAUUACGGGAUAUAUCAAUACAGUCUCCUUGAUGAGUUGAUAAUAACGAAUCGGAAAGAUGUCAACGUCAACGCGCGAGACUUGGUUGAAUGGACGCCAUUGCACUAUGCUUGUCAGUAUAGGAAAGAGCCACACGAAGAGGUUGGUCAUGGUGUUUCAAGCCGGCAGAAAAUCUCGUGGAGUAGUUUCUAUUCGGUUAUCCGUAGGCUCAUAGAUGAGGGCGCGAACAUCGACGCGCAAGGCAGAGAUGGGGUCGCACCGAUACACUGUGCCGCAAUGACAGGAUUCGUAGAGGCAGUCAAGUUGUUGACAGACACAGGUGCAAAUGUUAACAUUAUUGACGCCAGGGGGAAAACAGCGCUUCACUGGGCUGCAUUCUACGGGGAACGAGCCGCGGUUGAAUAUUUGUGGGAAACUGCGAAAAGAGCAUUGCGAGAUAGGGAAGGAAGAACAGUUUUGCACCUAGCAGUGAUCUCGGGGAAUUGGAAGACAGUAAUAUGGCUUGUCAAUAAUGAUGCUGACGUCAUGGUCAGGGACCGGCAAUGGAGGAUACCUCUGCAUCAAGCUGCUUGGGAGGGGUCUCUCGAUGUCGUACAAUUGAUGUGCCAGAAGAAUCCCGCUGUGGUGAAUACUUCAGACCGACACGGGCUGACAUCACUGUGUUGCGCAGUCGAAAAUGGGCAAGAUGAAGUUGUCCAAUGGCUUCUCGAACAUACCACGGCCGAAGUAAACCAGAUAUGGCAAGGAAACUCGCUCGUGCUUUCGGCCAUCAGAGGGAGUCACGCGGGUGUCGUUGAAGUUCUGAUCAAGCACGGCGUCAGCUUGACAAGCAGGAGUAGGAAUGGGAUGAGCCUACUCCAUGAGUCUAUUCUUUACGGGAAUGAAGAAAUCACUGAGAUGCUUCUGAAAGCAGGAGUAAGAGACAGUUUUGAUGAUGAUGGGAAUUCAGUCAUCAAAAAGGCGAAAGGGGAUGAGAAAGAACGGGUUUUCAGGAGUCUACUUGAGAAGUACGAUGUAAAUUUGGAUGAAGAGUAG